AUGAAAAAGGAAAAUGACGAUGACGAUUCCUUGACCUUUUCCUCGGAAAGGGAUAUUUCCAAUUUGUAUCGAAAGGACCAUUAUAUGAAGCACUGUCAUGUUAAGAACCACAUUGAGCCAAUAGCAUUGGAAGACGAAAUUCAUAUUUUGAAAAGGGAGGAACAACAAACGUUUAAAUUAAGCGACAUUUUAGAAUCACUGGAAAGAAUAAAAGAAGAAAAAAAUGAACCAUCAAAUGAAGAUAUCAUUUUACCAGAAUAUGUAGAGCAUGAACAAAUUGAACCUGAAAAAGAAAGCGAAGAAAGGAUACAUUGUGGAGUAUACUUACACGAAGUAAACAUAAUAGAUAAUUCAUAUUUGCAUUCAUCCUAUGACAAUAUAAUUGAUGAAUAUUUUAAUCCUAUACGCAUAAAGGGUGAUAUGUACGUAAAUAACAUUGUCCAUUUUGAAGACUCUUCAACCUAUCGUUCCAUAUUUGAGGUACGCAGAGUAGAGUGGUUCUUAGGGUUAGAAAUCAAUGAGAGAAGAAUACAUGAAAUUGUCCCAUACACACAAGGAAUGUCUUUUCGAAUCCCAUUUGACGCAUUAGGAAAAUAUAUAUUUUGUAAAGCAUACAGAAAUGUGCACAUAAAUUCGGAGUAUCAAAAAGGGGGAAGAAAUACCGUCUUCGAUCCUCAUACCUUACAUAAGAAGCCUGUGAAAUUUAAAAUAGAACCAAAAUGUGUUGAAAAAUGUUCUAUUACUUCUAAAGGGCCUGUCCUAAUAUCCAUAGAUAGUGCCUUCCAAAUAUUGAAAUAUUUAUGCAACAAUCAUUACUCCAUCCACGUGGUUGUUGAAGACCCGUUGGAUAAUUUUUGCAACUUGUCCACCUCAUCUUUUUCUGAUGACGGGAAAGUUACGACUACAUCCAACGCGACGAACUUAACGGAUGAGAACCACCGCUUUGUUUCUACCCUCUCCAUCAACUGUGACGAGAUCAAAUUUUGCCUAACAAAUUGGGAAACCGCAGAGGAGGGUCAACCUCCAAUAGGUGCAACGUAUCAUACUCAGGGUGCCAAAACAAACAAUGACAUGCGAAGAAACGCUGCUUUUAAUUUCUUUCGCUUGUUCGAAUUGCAAAAUGAUGGUGCGCACAGCUCAUCUGAUUCAAGAGUGGAAAAAAAGAACAACCGCAGUGGGGAUGAAGAUAAUGAAAAAAUCGCAAAAGACGUAAAAUCGCUCCAAAUCGAUGGGCAGAAUGCACACAAAACAAGGCGUCUUAAAAGAGAAGGCAAAAAAACCGAACUGACACUUAACUUGUAUGAAGUAGAAUUCAGACUAUCCAGUAAAGAAGACUGCGUUGUGGUUAGCAUCGGAACAGAUUUACACAGAUCACUUAAAUUUGUCAAAUAUAAAAUGAUUACUAUCAAGCCGAUUGGGAAGAACACCUCAGCCAAUGAGCUGUGGCUAACACUAGUAGCUUUCAAAUCUGCGUACUCUUAUAAAAAUGUUUUUAAAAAAAAUGCAAAAGUAAUUUAUACAAAUACGAACAUUUCGUUCGUUCAAAAUAUAGUAAACAAUUAUUUGACAAAAUGCAUGGAAAGGAAUGCAGACGGAGCUAUGCCUCUCCAGAAGAUAAGCACCAUUUUUAACGAAGCGGGGUGA